CGCUACAACGUCAUUUCCCUUUACAACUCAAGCAGCGACACGUACAAACCCAGCCAUCUCUACAAACACACUCCAAAAUCUGGAAGAUCAUCGAAUUCUCGCAUAGGGUUUUUAGAUUAUUCGCUGCGAAUUGCAAAAUUGAUGCACUUUCUGGCACAUAUUUAUAUGUGUUUGGGCUUCUGGAGUGAGGCUGAGCUUCAGUCCUGGAGAGUGAUACCUGCGGAUUUAGCAACUGUUCUUGCAUCGGUCGGGUUAGGAAACUGUUUCGAAUGGCGACUGAUUCACCGCCGGAAUCCGCCGUUGUGAUGCACUCUGAUCUCCUUAUUCAGAGGCUUUCUCGGCUGGAUAUUCCUAGGGACAAACUGAACCUAGGACCUCGUGGCAUUGUUGAAUUUGCAAGGAGUAACAGAUCGUUAAUAGGACAGUUGGUUUCCGCUAUAUUGCCAGCUGAAGAGGAGGAGGUGGAUAAAGAUGCAUUUCGCGAGAGUGAGAUUUGGUUGCAGUGGUUGAUGUUUGAGGAUGAACCUGAAGUGUCACUGGAGCAGCUGGAGAAAAUGAGUGAUAAUGAGCGAGGUGUUUGUGGGGCUGUUUGGGGGAAUAAUGAUAUCGCAUAUCGCUGCCGGACAUGUGAGCACGACCCUACUUGUGCGAUCUGUGUUCCUUGUUUUGAGAAUGGAAAUCACAAGGACCACGACUACUCUGUCAUAUAUACUGGUGGUGGGUGCUGUGAUUGUGGGGACAUUACUGCAUGGAAACGUGAAGGAUUUUGUUCAAAGCACAAAGGCGCAGAGCAGAUUCAACCACUCCCCAAGCAUGUUGCAGAAUCGUUGGGGCCUGUCCUGGAUUCUUUACUUAUUUACUGGAAAGAAAAAUUACUUUCUGCAAGAAAUGUCUCUGAACAGAGUCCUAGAGUGGUUGGUCAUGCUGCUGAAAAGUGUGCAGAGGAGCUGACCUCCAGUGUGGUGGGGAUGCUUUUGGAUUUCUGUAAACACAGUGAAAGUUUGCUAAGUUUUAUUUCUCAGAGAGUAUAUUCUUCAGCAGGUUUAUUGGAUGUUCUGCUGAGGUAUGAGAGGUUCAUGAACGCUAGUGUGGUUGCGAAGCUCCAAGAGCUACUUCUCAAAAUGUUAGGGGAACCAAUAUUCAAAUAUGAAUUUUCUAAAGUUUUUGUACUAUAUUACCCAUGUAUUGUAACUGCAGCCAUAAAUGAGGGCACUGACACUGCUUUCAAAAAGUAUCCACUUCUAUCGACAUUCUCCGUCCAAAUUUUGACUGUACCAACUCUUACCCCGCGUCUUGUAGAGGAAAUGAAUCUGCUAGGUAUGUUGUUGCAAUGUUUGGGAAGUAUAUUCGCUCAUUGCUCUGGUGAAGAUGGAAGACUGCUGGUUAAUAAAUGGGCACACCUAUAUGAGACUACUAUUCGCGUGGUUGAUGAUAUUAGAUUUGUCAUGAGCCAUUCUGUUGUACCCAAUUAUCUAUGCCAACGCAGACGAGAUCUGGUUAGAGUUUGGAUGAGACUCUUGGCUUCUGUACAAGGAAUGAACACACAAAAGAGAGAGACAGGCAGUCACGUAGAAGAUGAAAACGAGAAUGUUCAUUUGCCUUUCGUUUUAUGUCAUUCUAUAUCUAGCAUUCUUUCUCUUCAAGUGGCUGGGGCCUUCUCAGUCAGUGUUAACGAUGAUAAUAAAACAUUUAUCAGCAUAUAUAAACAAUAUCAUGAAGACCGAGACAGCCUAAGACUUGCCAAAGUAGGAAGGCUAUCUCAAGAAAGCUCUGUUAGUAGUAUUACAGGAAAGGGUGCAGUUGACCAUGAGGUCAAGGCUGCUGAUAGUUUUCCUGUCCCAUCAUCUGCUUUGUGGUUAGUAUAUGAGUGCUUGAGAUCUCUUGAGAGUUGGCUGGGACUCGACAACACAUUGGGUCCUCUCAGUGCCUUGUCACUGAAGACAAGUGAUGGCUCUGGCAAUAACUUUUUGGCUUUAAAAAGAACUCUCUCGAGGAUUAGAAGAGGCAGACACAUAUUUGAAUCAUCCACUUCAUCAGGUAGUUAUUCUACCAAUUUAAAUGAGGCUCUUAGCAACUACUAUAUGUUUUCACCAUCUCAUGGUGGCUUGAAACUUGGUGUAGGGUUUGAUUGUGGCCUGCCUGUGGGACAACUAAGGAAUUGUGGUACUGAUGAUAACAUCAUUGAAGGAGAGAACUCUUCCGAACCAGAAGGAUUGCGAGUUCUGAGUUUAUCAGAUUGGCCUGACAUCGCAUAUGAUGUUGGAUCACAGGAAAUAUCUGUACACAUUCCGCUGCACCGACUACUUUCAAUGCUUUUGCGGAGGGCACUCAAAGAAAGUUUCGGUGAAGGAUCGUUGCACGUCCUGAGUACUGAUUCUGUUUCUGCAGAUCACUCAUUUGUCAGACAUAGUGAUUUCCUUUGCCAGAUUCUGGAUGGGUCCCAUCCUUGUGGCUUUUCUUCCUUCGUCAUGGAGCAUCCCCUGCGAAUAAGGGUGUUCUGUGCACAGGUUCAUGCUGGAAUGUGGCGCAGUAAUGGGGAUGCUCCCUUAUUAUUUAGUGAGUGGUACCGUGCCGUCCGCUGGUCGGAGCAAGGCCAAGAACCUGAUCUCUUCUUGCUACAGUGUUGUGCUGCUUUAGCUCCACCAGAUCUUUUUGUCCAAAGAAUCCUUGAACGUUUUGGGCUAUCAAACUAUAUCACUCUUAAUACUGAUCAGUCUAGUGAGCAUGAACCGAUCCUAGUUGCUGAAAUGCUCACUCUUCUGAUACAUAUUGUGAAAGAGCGAAGAUUUUGUGGGCUAACAACUGCAGAGUGCUUGCAAAGAGAGUUGGUAUACAAGCUUGCUAUUGGAGAUUCUACUCGUAGUCAGCUUGUGAAGUCUCUUCCUCGAGAUCUUUCAAAAGCCGAUGAAUUUCAAGAAGUGUUGGAUAGAGUUGCUGAAUAUUCUCACCCAUCUGGCAUGACACAGGGCAUGUAUAAACUAAGAUCGUCGUACUGGAAGGACCUUGAUUUAUAUCAUCCUCGCUGGAACUUGAGAGAUCAGCAAGCAGCAGAAGAGAGAUACUUGUCGUUUUGUAAUGUUUCAGCGUUGUCCGCUCAACUUCCUAGAUGGACAAAAAUUUAUCCUCCUCUUAGGGGCAUAGCUAAAAUAGCUACCUGUAAGACACUUCUCCAAAUUGUUCGUGCAGUUCUGUUUUAUGGUGUUUUCUCUGACAAGCUUGCUACCCCGCGUGCUCUGGAUGGUGUCCUAUUAACUGCAUUGCAUUUGUUGGCCCUUGCACUGGAUGUCUGUCAAUUGCAGAAAGAAUUGGGUGACCCAUUUUGUUAUGUGGGCGAUAUCAUUCCAGUUUUGGCAUUUGCCAGUGAAGAAAUACCUACUAGCAAAUAUGGUGAUCAGAGCUUGCUGUCACUCCUUGUCAUUUUGAUGCGGAUGCAUGAGAAAGAAAAUGCACAAAACUUCAUGGAAGCUGGGGAUUUUAAUCUGUCAUCUGUAGUUAUGGGUUUAAUCAAGGCCUUUGUGGCACUUGAACCAGCAUGUAUGACCAAAUUGCAGAAGCUUGCACCACAAUUAGCUAAUAAAUUUUCAAAAUCUAUUUCGAAUGAUAAUGCUAGAGACAUGGAUUUAUCAGAUGAUAGUGAAAAGCGCAAAGCAAAGUCUCGUGAGAGACAAGCUGCUAUAUUGGAAAAGAUGAGAGCCCAGCAAUCCAAGUUUCUGGAGAGCUUUAAUUCCAGCAACGAUGAUGAGAUGGAAGACGCCAACCCCGAGCAAGAAGUAUGUGAUUCUGAAGUUAGUAAUGACUCCCAGGAGUCCGCUCAAGUAACCUGCUCCCUGUGCCACGAUCCUAAGUCUAUGAAUCCAGUAUCAUACUUGGUUCUUCUCCAAAAAUCCAGGCUAUUGAGUUUGGUUGAACAUGGCCCCCCUUUAUGGGAUCGAGUUAGCCGGUCUGGUAAAGAGCUUGUCUUGGAUGAUAAGACCCCGAGCAAUGUUUUAUCACAAAGCAGUGUCCCUGAUAACUCAGACGUCACGUUGUCACAGUUUGAAAAUAUGAUUCAGAGUGCUCUAAAUGAUUUUGCUUCUAUCGGGCAACCGCAUGAAGUGAAUGCUUUUACGGAGUAUGUCAAAGCACGAUUCCCUACCAUUAAGAAUAUUCAACUACCAUCUGUUUUGAAGGACACAAGGGAUAAUAAAACAUCAUCUUUUGAGACAUUGGAACAGGAUAUGUAUCUGUCAAUAAGGAGGUUCCAGUCCAGUUGUUCGGAUUCUUGCAAAGAGGCUGAAAAUUGUUCAACCACUGGAAGCAGCACCAAAAGAAGCGGCUGUGCUGAAUCUCUUCUGCUUGGUAAAUACAUGGCUGGUUUGUCGAAAGAGCCACGGGAUAACCCUUUGGCUUCACAGAACGGCUCUUGCAGCGAUUGGAUGAAACUGAAAUCUGGUGUACUGGAUCCCAGAUAUGAUAAUUUUGGUCCGAUUGAUGCUGAUGGAAUUUAUGUUUCUUCAUGUGGACAUGCUGUGCAUAAAGUAUGUCUGGAUCGCUAUUUAUCAUCACUAAGGGAGAGAUUCAAUAGAAGAAUUGUAUUUGAAGGGGGCCAUAUUGUGGAUCCAGAACAGGGUGAGUUCCUUUGUCCAGUGUGUCGGGGACUUGCUAAUUCUGUACUGCCAGUUUUGCCUGGAGAUAAAACAAGGGUACCUCAGCCUCCUGCUGGUUCAACCAUUAAUUUUACAGGUGUGAGUAGCCAUUUAAAUUUCUCCGCCGCCGGCCAUUCUCUUCGCCUCCAAGAUGCUUUAUCACUCUUACAAACAGCUGCUAAUAUUGCUGGAGAUCAGGAGAGUCUAAAAGUUGUACCAAUACGAAAGUUAACGAUAAAGCCAAAUCUUGAACAUAUCAUUCGUUUGUUAUGUGAAAUGUAUUAUCCUAAACAAACUAAGAUUUUAGAGACUGGUAGGAUAAGUCAUCCAUUGAUUAUAUGGGACACGCUGAAGUACUCCCUUAUCUCAGCUGAAAUUGCAGCUCGAUCUAGAAAGAAUUCGUUGAGUCCAAAUUACAGCAUUGGUUCUUUAUACAAGGAGCUCCACUCUUCCAGUGGUUUUAUUUUAUCCUUGCUGUUAGAUAUAACUCAAAGCACAAAGACAACAAAUCCUCAGGCUGUCUUACUAAGAUUUCAAGGCAUCCGGCUGUUUGCUAAGUCUCUAAUGCCUCAUGCUAAUCCAAAUGGAUUGUCCAGUUUUCCCGCCCAGCAUGGAGGUAAUAUGCUUUAUAUCUUGGAAAAUGCUGAAUUGGAAGCAGAGUAUCCAGAUAUGCAACUAUGGAGACAAGCACAUGAACCUAUUAUUGCUCAUGAUGCCUUUUCAUCAUUUAUGUGGACACUAUUCUGUCUUCCAUGGCCAAUGUUAUCUUGCAAGGAAUCUUAUUUGUCCCUUGUACAUGUUUUCUAUGUUGUUUCCACCGCCCAGGCUAUACUUGCAUGCUAUAGCACACAGAAAAGCAUCCAAAUUGAAGUGGAGGUCUCUUAUAAUUUAAUUUCUGACAUACACCGACUGAUUGGGAAGCAUCAAGAAGCUAUGAAGUUUUUCAUGUCCAACCGUGCUAAUUCUUCACAUAAUAUCUAUGAUUCGAUUCGCAUUUUGACAUUUCCUUACUUGCGAAGAUGUGCCCUGCUUUGGAAAUUAAUAAACACUUCUAACAUGAUGCCAUUUGGUGAUGAGGCCCAUGCCUGGGAUAGAUCUCCAUGUACACUUGAUGACAUGGAGUAUGUAACUAAUAUGACGGAAGAGCUUCUGGAGGUUGGGGAACUGGAGAAGAUGUUCGAUAUUCCCACCUUGGACAUCAUCAUCAAUGAUGAAGUAUCAAGAUCAACAGUUUCCAGAUGGGUGGGCCAUUUCUGCGAAGUGUUUGAAGCUCAUAAAUCUUCUCAGGCUUUGAGAUGUACUCCAGCAGUCCCAUUUAAUCUGAUGCUUUUGCCUCAUGUGUACCAUGAUCUGUUGCAAAGGUAUUUUAAGAAGUGUUGCCCUGCAUGUGGAGUAUUGAUGGAGGAGCCUGCACUGUGCUUGCUUUGUGGUACAUUAUGCUCUCCAAACUGGAAAACUUGCUGCAGAUCAAGCACUUGUAAGACACAUGCGUUGGAUUGCGGUGCAGGCAUCGGAGUCUUCCUUUUAAUUAGAAGGACCACAAUAUUGCUUCAGAGAUCUGCACGCCAGGCGCCUUGGCCUUCUCCUUACUUGGAUGCAUUUGGUGAAGAGGAUGUUGAAAUGCAUCGGGGGAAGCCACUGUUUCUCAGCCAAGAAAGAUACGCAGCCUUAACACAUAUGGUGGCUUCUCAUGGGCUUGAUCGAAGCUCAAAGGUGCUUCGAAAAACAACAAUUGGUUCCUUUUUCAUGUUUUAGGCCGUGGAUGUGAAUAACCAGAUAUUCUUCUGAUGAGGUAGUAUAUAGCAUUCAGAUUCUUGAAUCGGAGAUUAUCUAAAUUUCAUGAUUUGAGCUUCAAUACAAGAUCAGGAAAUCAGUGGCAGCCUUUGAUACUCAACUGUACAGACUUGAUAUAGAGGUUAUAUUUCGUGAUACUAUUUGUAUGUGGUUAUCUUCCAACUGGAAUGCAUUACUGGCUGUGGUGUUCUGGUGAACGUCGAUUUCCUCCUGAUCGGUAGAGAGAUAUAUACGAAUAUAUAAUGUCUCAUGUACACAAAUUUCUCUACUUUCUAUGUGUGGAUUUUGGGACGAGGAUGAUUUUUUUUUCUGUAAAUUGCCUAUGGAUGUA